AAUUGUGUGUGUAUCAGUGAGUUUGACAAGGAAUUUUUCACACGUUUCGAGACGAAAGAAAAGAAAAUUAAUUUUUUCCGGAACUAAAAGGCAACCGCGUUCUAGUUAGGCAAUCGAGAAGACCCAGUGAUCGUUAAGAAUACACAAUGCCCGAGGCCGGAAAGAAAAUCUCGGAGUUGCGCGUGUGCGACCUGAAAAGUGAACUGGAAAAACGCAAAUUGGAGACGGUGGGCCCAAAGGCGGUGCUCAUCGACCGUCUGGAAAAGUCGCUCAAGGGGGAGGGGUUGGACCCGGCCACCCACUUGAUUGUGCCGGGCGCGAAGGCCAAGAAACCGUUCGCCAUGCCCAUAAAGGAUCCCCAGUCGGAUGUGCUCAUCAAGGAGGAGCCCAUCGAUGCCGAGGAGGAGGAGGAGGUGGAGCAGCAGGAAGAUUACGGAAACGGCAACGACUUUUCCCACCAUGCCGACGACGAUGGGCAUGAGAUCGACCAGGUGGGCGAUGUGGACGAUGAGUGCGUGAUCCUAGAUGACGACGAUGAAGAGGAGGAGGAUCAGGAUCAGGAGUACGAGGAUGAGCACCAGAAUGGCGAUGGCGAGGCCGAGGGAGACGCCCAGGAAGGGGAGACUGAAAACAAUGGCGACGACGAGGCCAUCAAUGAGAUCCACGGCGAGGAGGAGAACACCGGGGACACCGGAAACAUGGACAACGACGAGUCCAUCAAUCUGACCAUUGGCGAGGACGAGCAGAAGCUGCUCCACGACGAGGCCCCCGACGAUAAGUCUAUUAAAUCUGUGAAACCGGCCAACAAAUCCGAUAAGUCUAACUCAAAGGAUGCCGAAAAGAAAAGUGACGAGAGCGCACGCUCAAAGAAAAGGGAUGAGAAAUCCUCUGACAAAAAGGACACUAGUGAUCAAAAGUCGUCUGGAAAGUCUUCGAAUCCCAAGGAUGAUAAAGAGAAAUCGACAGCAGCCGCAGGUGCCGCAUCCUCCACUGCAUCGAGUGCCGCUGGCAAGUCGGGAUCCGGUUCGAGUGCUGGCAACGGUAGCGGUGCCAGCUCGAACAACAACAAGCAGGCGACGCUGUCGCGUAAUCUCUGGGUUUCCGGGCUGUCCACUCUGACCCGUGCCAGCGACCUCAAGGCGAUCUUCUCCAAGUUCGGCAAGGUGAUUGGCGCCAAGGUGGUCACCAAUACGCGCACUCCGGGCACCCGCUGCUACGGCUACGUGACCAUGUCGUCCUCGGCGGACGCCUCGAGGUGCAUCGAGAACCUGCACCGCACCGAGUUGCAUGGACGCAUCAUUUCGGUGGAGCGCACCAAGAACGAGAUUGGCGGCAGCCUGAACUCCAAGGAGGGCAAGGGCAAGACUUCGGGCGACGCUGGAGGCAAGAAGAAGGACGAGGAGGGCGCCAAGAAGUCCGGCGGCGGCAAGGGAUCCAGCGAUCCUGCAAGGGACGACAAGAAGGGCGGCGAUGGAAAUGGCGCCGACAACAAGUCCACCGGCGGCGAUUCCAAGCGCGAUGGCAAGGACGGCAACAGGGAGCGCAAUCCACGGCGCAUCGAUGACAGGGGCAAGUCGUCGGCCAGCCAGGAUAGGCCGCGCCACGAUCGCGAGCGAUCCGGCACUGGCGGCCACAAGGGGCCGGGCAGCCAGGACCACCGUUCCGGGCGCAAUCCGCGCGACGUCGACCGCGAAAUCCAGCAGCGCCAGCGGGAGCGCGAGCGCCGCCAGCGGGAGAUGCUGUCCUACCAGAAGAUUCGCGAGGAGCGCGAACGCCAGCGCCUGCGGGAGCGCGAGCGUGAGCUGCGUGAGGAGGAACGUCGUCGGCGGGAGGCGCGCGAGCGUCAGCGCAUCGAGGAGGAGCGCCUGCAGGAGGAGCGGCGCAAGAUCGCCGUCGAGCGGGAACGGCUCGAGCGCGAGAAGGCCGAGCUUCUGCGCAUGGAGCGUGAGCGCCAGAAGCUGGAGCGAGAGAAAAUCGAGCUGGAGCGCCUCGAGCUGAAGCGACAACAGAUGAAGAUCAUGGAGUCCCGCGAGGAUCCUGGCAAGCGCGGGGUGAGCAAGCGCGCCGACGACCGCUACGGAGACGUUUCCGAUCGCAAGCGUACUGCCAUUUUUGAUGCCCCACCGCCACCGAGAUUCGACGCGAAUCUAGUUACCUCCCGCAGCACCUAUGACAAGAAACACGAUGACUACGGAUCCUCGUCGACCACCAAGCGUGUGCUGGAUGACUACUCCAGCUCCAACAAGCGCUUGGACUACUCUAACAAGCGCAACGACUAUAGCGCCUCGUCCGGAUCCAAGCGUGGUGCUGUCGACGACUAUUCCGCCGUGCCCACCAAGCGCUCCAAUGAUUACAGCGGCUCCUCGUCCAGCAAGCGCGACGAUUACAACAAGCGCGACGUGGAAGUGCGUCACCUGACUCUUUCGGGAACUGCCGGCGGCGGCGGCUCAGGCGGCUCGUAUCUGCACAAGAACAACUCGGGCGGCGGAGCCGGAUCCUAUGUCCACAAGAACAACUCCAGCGGCACUGGCGGACGCUACAAUGAUUCAGAUCGCACUAACACAUCGAGCUACAGACGCGAUGACUCCCACAGCCUGGGCAACAAGCGCUAUGACAACUCCAGCGGCGGCGGCGGCGGAGGCUAUGGCAGCAGCUCGAACAGCGUUAACAUCUGGGCCCCGUCAUCCGGCGGCGGAAGCUCCCACCUGGGCAGCAGCGGUGGCGGCGGCAACCAGAUAAAGUCGUACGGCAACAACGGCAUGUCCUCGAAUAUCCACAGCACUAAUUCGUGGCAGAAGUCGACUGCCGUCGAUGACAACAGCUGGCGCCAGGUGCCCGGGCGCUUUGAUCGCGGCUACAACGAUCGUUCGACCGGCUACCAGGGCCAAAGUGGCGGCGGAGGUGCCGGUGGCAUGUACGGUGCCAGCCGCCCCACCCAGGAUCGCUAUAGCGGACCGGUGUCGCGCUAUUAGGGAACGUGCAUUUCACCAGAGGCAAUUCAAAACAUGCAUCCCCCCGCAUCAAACAUACCUUUUUAAGACCCCGAAUGACCUUUCCCACAGCGCCUAGGAGCGCUGCUUCUACUCUAGUUCGCUUUAGUUGUAGAUUUAACACUUAAAAUUACAUUUGGAAACCAAUAAAUGUAUUACCAAAACAUAUGGCAAAUAUGCACAUA